GACAGCAGUGGUUGUGUAUUGCUGCUGAUGAGAGAGAGAGACAGAUAUAACUGAAACAUCAUCCAUCGACUAAAACAACAAGACCGCACGAGCGCACCUUAAAUCUCGGAUUUCAGAUUAGCGGAUACAACCGCCGCCGAAGGAUUACUAUAAAAGGGAACCGCGCUUUAUUUGUGGGAUUAUCGGUGGUCUCGAUGUGAUUUUAUCCCGCUAACAGCUAAUAACAAGCGCAGGUGGAUGACUCGCGCGACUCGACCUGGAUAUUCAUCUGUGAUGUUUUAAAAUGAUAAACAGACGAAUGAAACAUCCCUAAUUGAACCGAAUUAACGGAUUAAACACACCAACGGAAGUCACCUGAGUCAUACCAAGAGUCGUCUUUUAAACAGAAAGUCAAAAGUGAGGGGGUCUAAAGGGCCAGCUAACCAGCUAGUGGGUUUUAACUCAUCUGUCGAGGAUUAUAAUCGGUCAUCUAAAGGUUUUAUUUCUGUAAUCUGAUAACUCAAAGACGGCUUAUAAAAACAUGGUCUGCUGGGAAACAUUUCGCAUGCAGAUAUGUUAAGCUUUAUUCUCUCAAAAGUGAAAAUACUCAACACAGUGCCUCUUAAUAAGUUUUAACUGUGCCAGGUAAUCUUAUAAGAAGGCUUUAAUACUUCUGUAGUUAUUCCAGGAAAGUGUCAAGUCUGUUAAUAGUACAUCAUUAAUGUCACAUUGAUUUGCCUAUGAGGAAGGCACUGUUGUUUAACACUGGUAUGAUUAGGCCGCAAAGGGAAAUUCAAAGCAAAAAUUCAAAAUAAAAUAAAAAAACUCUUGUGUAAUAUUAACAUUGAGAUAGCUCUGUAUUUUAUGUAAUUUAAUGUGUUCGCAUAUUUGUUUACAGAUUCUAAGAUUGUAUUUUUAAGGAAGAAUUUCUUGUUUACUCUUUAAUAGUCAAUAGUGACAUUUUGUGAUGUGGAUCAACAUGCUCAGUGACGUGAAAUAUAUGGAUUUCAUGUGACUGUUUGAAAGAUCUUUGCAUAUGGGUAAAAAUAUCUCAUCAGGUAAUGUGGAGCCAUGCUAUGGCAGUGAAACUUUAUCCCAAUUUCCAUAAAAAGUAGCUGUUGAUUAUUUACAGGCAAAGUGGACUUUUACGCAUGGGUAUCAACAAGGAUAAUGCUUUCGGUGCGUAUGCUGGAAGAGGUCACCAAUUGCUUUUAAAUUCUGAACAUUACUACCUAGUGGGAUCAUCAUAAAGUACUGGAAUAUUUACAUUUUUCGGAGGAGAGAACGCCACUUCUCAAUGGAGCAAGUUCUCUCCAGCCCUCAAGGGUGUUCCGAGUGGGAGGUGAGUGGGAAGGGUGAGUGGGAAUCUGACCAGAAUCCCCUUGGAUUUCUCCUUAUGGAUAAAGAAAGCAGUUCUGUUUGUGAUUCUACAGAGAAUAUUGACAGACAUCAAACGCCUCUGAGCUUUGAUCAUAUUUUUCAGGAGAAUGCAAUAAACUUAGAUGACUUAUUUUGGGCCUCUCAGUUUUCCGGACAGACCUAUCCAUGGCAAAAUGGUCUGGAAUGUGUCUGUCCUGAAUGGGAGACUCAGUCAUCUCAUCCCCAAGACCUCAAAGGUGAUGGUUGUCCUGGAAGUUCAGAUGAUGUUGCUGGAGAUCUCAUCAGUUUUCAUUCCACAUCUACUAGUCCUACAUUCUCAAAAAGACCUGUGCAGACUCCAAACAGCCUUUAUGACUCACCUGAGCAGGUUUUCAUGGAACCCACAGAGGAUACUGCCACCAUUAACCCUUUAGAAAUACAUACAAAUGGAACCGGCAUUGCUGACCUUGGCUUUCAGACUGAGAAAACACUAUUACAAGAAAUCCACCUUGUGCUUGAAGACGCACUUUUAACAAACUGUGAAUUCAGCCAUAAUUCCCAAGCAGAACGGAUAUUUCUGAAUGAGAACAUUCAGAGCCCACUUCCACAUGGGACUAAUUUGACUCUGGAAUCUAAAAGUUUGUUGUCUGUCUCUCCAGUAGAGGUGUCAUGUACCAAUACACAUUCAAAUCCCAAGUCUUCAAUUACAUGUCAGACACCUCCACCUUCAUGUAAACACAGCUACCUCUCAUCCCCGGCACUGCUUCAUGAGUCCACCCCUCUGGUGACAUCUGCUGAAUCACUUGCUCCGCCAUAUUAUGAUGUCAGUGCAAUCUUUCCAACGGAUGAGGUAGAGAUUUUGUUACCCGAGCUGCUUGCUGGAGGUUCGUACAGCUAUGAACAAGAGAGUAGUAAGCCCUUGAGUUGUAACAAGACUCUUGACAAUGAUCCUCAGAGCCAGGAGAUAACAGAUGCCAACAUAGGUACUCAUCAAGAAUCAAAACCACCAUCAUCUAGAUUAGAGACUGUCUGUGAGAGACCUUUAGAAGAGUCUUACAUAUCACCUGAACCUUGUGAGGAAAUUUUACCUAAUUUAUCUACAGAGUACACUUCUGACAUAAUGUUGGAAACAGUAGGUAAAGAGGAAAUGGAGGAGGCCAUGCACAAGGCUGACAGGAGUCUGUCUGAAGCUAAAACGGAACAUAAUCCAAACGCCCUUAUACGUUUGCAAGGUGAAGAUCCUUUAACAGAAAGCCCGCCUGAGAGCAAGGGACCAAUGGAGUCCAAAUCAGCCUUAUCGGUCAGCAUGCCUGAACAUUAUGCUUUUCUUGAGCUCUCACCUGAGUUUAAAACCUUGCCAUUGGUCCACUGUCAGGCUACGCCCAAAACUUAUGUUGAAGCCUUAUCUGAGUUGCCCCAUGACAAAAAUGGAGACCUUUUUCCUGACAUCAUGUUUGACAUUUUGACAAUAGACAGUGACUCUUGCGAAGCUGUACCAUCUUCAGACUCUUUAUCUGUUGAAACUGACAAUGCACAGCCAACAACAGAACAGGACCAACAGUGUGAUCCAAACUCACCUGACCUCAUAUCGGACACACUCAAAAAUGAAUUUCAGAAUAAAAUAAUACCUCCAGAAAGCAAUAACCCAGACGGAGGCCUUGAGGCUAAAGAGAUACAGUGUGCAGACAAUGCAACUACAACAGAUAACAUUGAGGAGCCACACACACGUUCACAUUUCCAAAAUCAGGAGGUAACCAAUUUCAAGAGUGAAUCAGGCAACUUACAAAUAAACAUUCAAAUUCCACUUUGCACUGAUGCUUUAAACUUAGAUAGCGGUAUACCUGACAACAAUCAAGAUUCAAAUACAAGGAGUGAAGCAUGUCAGAACCAAAUCACCACUACUCAAAAUACAGAGAGCAUGCUUGUGGAAAAUCUUAGCCAACUGAAUGACAGCUUGAUUGUGAAAUCAAGUGCACUUGUAAAAGAUACAACUGAAGAAAAUGUAACACCUCGCCAUGACAGUCACAAUACACCGUUGAAUGUAGUGAAGAAACUUCACAGUGUGACUUUACAGGAAGAGGAGAGAUCAGAUUGCAGAAUGUCAAGUCAGAAUCAAGUCAUUCUUGAUUGUGCAAGUAAUCCUGAUUCUGGAGAGUCUACUCCCUUUACCUGCACAGGUGAUCAACUGACCAUGACUGAUGAACUUGUAGGGUGGGAUCAAGGAGAGACCAAAGAGACUCCUAGCCAAUUGAGUGAGGCUAUGGUAGAGAGAGUCCCGCCUACACAUCAGGAGGAUAUCACACAACAGGUGACGCUAUCACAGAUAGAUCUGCCACAGGAGCAACAAGUGAGCUCAGUGGCCCCCAGCUCUCCUCCCUCACAUAGAAAUGUCUUGUACUGUGGAACCAGUCUGGAUGGGGAGGCCUACCUAACCUUGAUGGAGAAUAAUCCUGAUACUUCCAACAUUCCCAAACAUGCAGAAAUGACUCUGGAUCUUUGCAAGGCCUCUGAUGCUCUGCCGAACAAGUCACUCUAUGAUCAGAGAGUCCCUGUGGAUUUGAUAAAUGUGCCUAUAGUUUCUUCGACAGCCCAUAGAGAUGAGGAACUGUCAGCUCUCCGAGCAGUAUUCCAGGCUUUGGAUCAGGACGGAGAUGGAUUUGUCCAUAUAGAGGAAUUUAUAGACUUUGCAAGAGCGUAUGGAGCGGAACAGGUAAAGGAUCUGACGCGUUUCUUGGAUCCCAGCGGUCUGGGUGUGAUCAGUUUUGAGGAUUUCCACAGAGGCAUCAGUGCAAUUAGCAGUGAAGGUUCUGAUCCAGAUAUUUAUAAGACUCAGCUCAGUGCAGUGGAAGCCAGUGGACCUCCAGAGGAGUAUGAUGAGCAGGCGGAGGUCUCUGACAGUGCCUAUCUCGGGUCGGAGAGUGCUUACAGCGAGUGUGAAACAUUCACGGAUGAGGACACAACGGCUCUCGUUCAUCCAGAACUCCACGAGGACGUGGAGACAGACAGCGGCAUUGAAAACACACUCACGGAUGGAGACGACCGCAGCAGGUUCACCCUGGGCUCUGAUUUGAAUGGCCACACCCUAGUGGCCGUGAUUGGAGGAGAGGAGGAGCACUUUGAGGAUUUUGGAGAGAGUAACAACACGUCAGACCUGCCACUGGCCAAUGAGGAGGAGGAGAGGAUGGCUCCAGAGGGGGAGGGUGAUGCAGAGCCACACCCUGACAGUCCAUUGCCCCGCCCACUGAUGCUGCUGUCCCCUAGCCCCAGCUCUUUUCCUGCUAGUUUUCAGAGUUUCCUUCAGUCUGAGUCGCUGGAGUUUUUCUGCACUCACUGUCACAAGCAGAUCAGUCGUCUGGAGGAUCUGUCCACUCGACUGCAGUUACUAGAGAUGAAUAGUUCCAGUAAGAGGCUGUCCAGCAAGAAAGCAGCGAGACAUUUGCAGCAGUCCAGCACUCUGGAGGUCAUGGGAGGUCUGACUCAAGAUAUUUUGGAUCUUGCGGAUCGGGACAUCACUGACAAGGUGUUACUGUUGGAGAAACGUGUGUGUGAGCUAGAGAAUGAUUCAUUGGAGAGCGAAGAGCAGCAUGCGCGUUUGCGACAGGAGAAUCUCACGCUCGUACAUCGUGCAAACGCUCUGGAGGAACAACUGAAGGAGCAGGAGUUGCGUGCAGAGGAGAACUUACUCGUACACACUCGUAAACACAGAGACGCUCUGAACAAACUUCAGCGAGAUAGAGAUGUGGAGAUCGAAAACCUUCAGGCCAGGUUGCAACAGUUGGAUGAGGAGAACAGUGAGCUGAGGUCAUGUGUUCCCUGCCUGAGAGCCAACAUUGAGAGACUGGAGGAGGAAAAGAGGAAACUCCAGGAUGAAGUGGAGGAUGUCACCGAUCGAUUAAAUGAAGAAAUCGAGUCCCGCUGUAAAAUGUCAGAUAAACUAAGCCAUGAGCGUCAUACCAACCAGAAAGAGAAGGAGUGUACUCAGGGGUUGAUCGAGGACUUGAGAAAGCAGCUGGAACACCUGCAGUUGUUUAAGUUGGAGACAGAAGCAAGAAGAGGCAGAUCGUCCAGCUCGGGUCUCCAGGAGUACAACACACACAUGAGAGAGAAUGAACUCGAGCAGGAAAUACGUCGACUCAAACAGGUAAACACAAACUCAGACUCAAACAGGUAAACACAGAAAGACUCAAACAGGUAAAAACAGACAGACUCAUACAGAUAAACUUGGACUCAAACAGGUAAAAACAUACAGACUCAUACAUGUAAACUCAGACUCAAACAAGUAAACACAGACAGAAUCAAACAAGUAAACACAGACAGACUCAAACAAGUAAACACAGACAGACUCAAACAAGUAAACACAGACAGACUGAAGCAGGUAAACACAGACAGACUCAAGCAGGUAAACACAGACUCAAGCAGGUAAACACAGACAGAAUCAAACAGAUAAACACAGACAGACUCAAACAGGUAAACACAGACUCAAGCAGGUAAACACAGACAGAAUCAAACAGAUAAACACAGACAGACUCAAACAGGUAAACACAGACUCAAGCAGGUAAACACAGACUCAAGCAGGUAAACACAGACAGAAUCAAACAGAUAAACACAGACAGACUCAAACAGGUAAACACAGACUCAAACAGGUAAACACGGACUCAAACAGGUAAACACGGACUCAAACAGGUAAACACAGACUCAAAGAGGUAAACUCAGAAUCAAACAGGUAAACACAGACUCAAACAGGUAAACACAGACUCAAACAGGUAAACACGGACUCAAAGAGGUAAACACGGACUCAAAGAGGUAAACACAGACUCAAAGAGGUAAACUCAGAAUCAAACAGGUAAACACAGACUCAAACAGGUAAACACAGACUCAAACAGGUAAACACGGACUCAAACAGGUAAACACGGACUCAAACAGGUAAACACAGACUCAAAGAGGUAAACUCAGAAUCAAACAGGUAAACACAGACUCAAACAGGUAAACACAGACUCAAACAGGUAAACACGGACUCAAACAGGUAAACACGGACUCAAACAGGUAAACACAGACUCAAAGAGGUAAACUCAGAAUCAAACAGGUAAACACAGACUCAAACAGGUAAACACAGACUCAAACAGGUAAACACGGACUCAAACAGGUAAACACGGACUCAAACAGGUAAACACAGACUCAAAGAGGUAAACACAGACUCAAAGAGGUAAACUCAGAAUCAAACAGGUAAACACAGACGCAAAGAGGUAAAUGUUCAAAUUCUACAUAGUUUCAUAGUAAUCUAUUGAUCUUAAAAGCAGAGAUGUAAACCACACUGAAUUUGUUGUGAGAAGUAAAUCGUGCUGACUCUCUCCAAGUUUCACACAUUGGCUGUUUGUGGCAAACAUCACUCAUGUGCAUGCGCUUCUGGGUUAAGCAUGAAUUCAGGAUUACACAGAGAACGUUUAUAGCGAGCGUCUUGAGAUUGCUGAAACCAAUCUAAACGGUCCUUUGUUUAGUAGCCUAUACUGUAUAUAAUGUGCAGCAUUAAUGAAACUAUGGACUAAAAACAUGUUGACACCUUUUCACAUUACACAGCACAAGAUGAUGUUUAUCAAAGUUACCUUCCUCAGAUGCCUGCUAUGGCAGUUUCAUGGUACAGUGAUGGUACAAUAUGGUAAAACCUUGUAUUCUUAUAAUAUAUCAUGGCAUUUAUAUGGUAGGCUACUCCAAGGAACUUGUCCAAUAAACAUGGGAUUGGCUUGGGAAUUCUUUGGUACUUUUUAGUGCUUUCAUGUAUUGUUAGUAUUUUGAAACACUUUUAUUUAGAAAAUGUCUUUAGUAGAUCACAGGCUGGACAUGCAGUCGUACAUAACCUUCAUCUCUGGCAAACGAUUGAAUACAGUUGCAGGUUUUGUUUCAGUGAAUUGUAAGUAAAUAUCCACUUCAUUCAGCACUGCUUUAGUUCUCUGUCUUCUAAAGCAUCCCGUUACUGUUUUACUGCAUGACAAAGUGCUUCAAACGAUUCAGCCUGCACUUAGACAAAUUCAUUGAGAAGAACCGACUCGCGCAUCGGACAUUGCUCCGAUUCACGAGCCCCACUCGUAAGUCCAUGGCCGUGUUCACAAUGGCAUACUAUCCAUACUAUCACUGUUUUUGCCAAACACAGAUAUAACAGAAACAGUAAGAGUAGCGUGGUAGUACACGGUCUAUAUGUGCUGUGGAGGGCGCCACAACACGUUAUCGGAACACACAGGGCGCAUUUUGUUCUACAUAGUUUGGACACAUGCUGAAAUUGGCUUGGUAGAUUGGUGCCCCCAAUGCGAUGGCACCCUAGUCGGUCGCCUAUGUCACCUAAUAGGUUGACCGGACCUGUCUAAAUGGUUUUGUCAACCUGAGUUUGUUCAACUAGCUUUGUGCAACAGGCCUCAGGUAAACAAACUCAGACUCAAACAAGUUUAUGCAGACUCGAACUAUUAAACACAGAGUAAAAAACAGGUAAACACAGAUAUACGCAGAUUUAAAAACAGGUUAACUCUGAUUAAAACAGAUAAACACAAACAAAAUGGGUAAACACACUGAAACAGGUAAACUAAGUUUCCUUCACUCUCUUUGUGUUCAGGACAAUCGCAAUCUGAAGGAACAGAAUGAUGAAUUGAACGGUCAGAUUAUUAAUCUGAGUAUUCAGGGAGCAAAGAGUCUCUUUACCGAGUCCCUCUCCGAGUCCCUCGCUGCCGAGAUCAACAACGUCUCCCGUGCCGAGUUGAUGGAGGCGGUCCAUAAACAGGAGGAGAUCAACUUCCGUCUGCAGGAUUAUAUCGACCGCAUCAUCGUCGCAAUCAUGGAAUCCAACCCCUCCAUCCUGGAGGUCAAAUAAUCGCCGUGAUGAUGACUUCUAUCAUGACCCUACCGUAUUUUCGUCUUCAUUGUCUGGUAAAAAUAUCUAAACGUCCUUAAAACAAGAUCAAUUAACCUGAAAAGCAAAAUUGCAAUAGAUGUUAAGCCUUGUUUUCAUGGGUAACCAUUUUCCAUAUGGGUUAGCAAAAUAAACAAUUUAAAAUAUAUUCUCUGAAAACAAGCCUUAUUAUCUCACACAAGUAAAUGUGUCUUUUUUUAAAGGAUGUUUGAAUAUUUUUACUGCAAGACAUGACAAAAAUAGAUUGGUUCCUGUGACUUCCCUGUCGGGAUUGAGGGACCUAUUCCCCGUUUGUGUGUGCAAAAUAGCGUAUGUGUGUUUACGAGGAAGCAGAUAUUCGUGGAUUGAAUUUCAGUCUGCACAAUCUUUUAAUUCGUGCAACAAAAAAACAUGCAUACGCAGGCUUGUGCAGUGUUAAAGGUGUUUUUAAAUUAAAUACCAAUGUAAUUCUGGGUAAAACAGUCACACUAUUAGCCCAUGUGAGGGACAUUUGCUGACCUGAGGGAUAAACGUGUGCAUUUGUUUGCAUUUUGACUGUUGUUAUGAUUUAGCUCUUAAAAUGAGUUUGAUGCCUACAGAUUUGUUUUGCUGAAAUCAGCAGCUUAUUUGUUAGUUAAAAUGUAAGUUAUGUAGUUCUCGUUUUUUUUUUUUACGUUUUUUUUUUUCUACUUUAAAUUCUUAUUUAUUAGGAUGAUGCAGAAUGCAACGGAUCACAGGAGACCAAGAUCCACAAAUGUAAGUGAGGUUAAGGUUUUUUUGAAAUGGUACAUUGUGGGUAAACUUGUCGGCCCUGUGCAAUUUCUUUCUGAGUUGCAUAGCUGGAUAUCCAUCUGCCUCCUCAGUCUGGGAUUAUUUCAUAAAGAUUUCCUGUACAGAAAGACUCCUUGAAACCCUUUGAAAUGAGAUGUAUUUCCUUUGAAACAUUCACUGGAGCAAAAUAUGAAUUGCACUCCGAUAUUUUAUUAAGAGAAACUACUAUUUACGAUUUACGAAAUGUGAAGCUGUUUUCAAGGGGAGAUGAAAAAGAAGAACGUUUUUGCUGUGGAGAAGAGGACACUUUUUAUUCUGCAGCGUCAGGCACUGAAUGGAACUCAAAACUCUUGACAGACAAGAAAACAUUUAACACACGGGAGAAAUGAGACUUUUUAAUAGGCCAGUUGCUUCGUUCUUGCUUUUCAACACUCUUGUAUCAUUCCUUCACUCUCUCUGUUGAACUUGGAUGUACGUAAUUAUCUAUACAAUUUCAUCUUUCUUUCCUUGGUUUUGAAUUGCUUCACAUAUUUUAUGGACAAAAGGAAAUUGUUUCAUUUCGUCUUCCACAAGAGAAUUUUCUCUCCCUCUGUUCCUGUGCUCCAUUAUGGAUGGACAUUUCUCUCAUCUGGGACAGGCAUGUUUGAUUUCCAUGGAUUUUUAUGGGAGGAAAUGCCAGUGAUACUUCCAGGAUUGUUGCGAUUACUUUGGAGAGUUAAUGUUUUUUUUUACGUGAAGAAAAAUGUAAUGCUGUCCUCAGAUGAGACUUAAUCAUUACUCUUUCCUCUUUUUAAUUUGUGCAAAGGCAGCAGUAUAUUUCUUUCUGCGUUUCAUGCACGGUGCACAUUUUGUUUUUUCCGUUUCCUUUAUUCAGACAAAAAUAUUUCAGUUUUGUUGCGUCGGAUCAGUUCACAUGAGGGAUGUUUUGUAAAAGAGGACGGUGGAAUACAUUUAAGAACCAUUCUGCUGUCUUCAAUGUUAACAUUGUUGACCAAAGAAGGAUCUGACCUUCUGGUCCACUGCUGUUAUUGUCUGUACGGCUGUUUUCAAGCUACUGUAACUAUACUGAUGGACACAUUGAAGUACGGGGACAUUUCUGCCUCUUUGAACUUUGGGCUUGUUUGUGUCUUCGGCUGUCUCACGUAUUAAUUUCCUUAUAGAGACAAUAAGGGAAGAACUGAAUUGACUGCUAUUGAUCUGUCUGAUGUUCAACAACUCCUGUUUGAAAAUGUGUAUAUGGUUUAAAAAAACAAAAUAUUUCAUGUUAACACACUUCAAAGAAAAGAGUUCAGCUUGCCACUUAGACUUUAAAAGACUAAUAAUAGCUAUAAAUAAAUGUUAAUAAAAACAGUUGUAAUGAAGGAUAAAAUUGUAAAAAAAUGAUGUUUACUCUUAAUUGUUAAGGUAACUGUAUAAAUGAAAAAUAUCAGUAUUGUCUUCUGUUGAAUGUUUUGCUUUAUUUUGAAGAUGCCCCCUGAGAUGUAUCUUUUACUGUUUGGGGUCUUAUAGAUUUUCAAAUAAUUGUAUGAAGGUUAGAAGAAAAGUGAAAAUAAAAUUAAGUCACCAAUAAAUUAAAUGCAAAUACC